AUGUCUUCCAUUUCUGGUAAAUCGGAUAAAUCUCAAUCUAAGUACGACCUCAAACCAGGAAUGGAUUUUAUGACGUUCGAUUUUGAUGUUAAUAAAAACACGUACAAUAACUUGUACACUAUUUUAAGUAAUUUAUCAGCUGAAAUCAGUCCAUCGCGUCCAAGUCAGAGGAGACCGAACCUUUAUAGAAAGGAAGUCAACGGAGCAAAAAGCAAAUCGCUGUCUUCCACCUCCAUGAUUUCUCAGUCGGUGGCGGAACCUUCGGGCAAUCUUUUCUGGAAUGGAGGGAAUCAAUACAUUUCCGAAAGUAAAUCAAACGGAGAAAAAUUUACAGUUGGGGAAGAUGCCAGGGCUGCCUCAGAAGCCGAUCGAAUAGUGGCUGAGAGUCGUAUUGGGAAAUCUGAGAACAUUGAGCUUGGAAAAGUCACCAAGGGAGUACAAAGCUUCGGAAGGAACUCUGAUAUUCCGUUUGAUGUUCACUCACGGUCCAUUGAACAUAGAACUACAAUAAGCGAUAACUUGGAUCGCACUGCCUACGGUUACACUUAUUCCAUGUCUAAGGAAGAUGCGGAAGCUGAGAAAAACAAUGAAAAAGAAUUCGACGCUAUAACUGACGCUUCUGUCUCGCAAGAUUCUCGCAUUACGAGUGCUUCGCUUUGUAAACUAUGGCAACACUCCUGUGCUGACGGCACUUGUAUAGGAUCUGACAAUUACUGUGACGGCGUCGUGCAUUGUGCUGACUACACUGACGAGCCUCCUGGUUGUACAGCGUGCAACAGAACGUACCACGGGCUGACGGGCAGGAGUUACUUGGUGACCGUCCCGUCCCAGCCGAGCGCGAGGGCCCCGCCCGCGACGGCCGUGACGUCACCAGAAGCUGCUCCUCCCUGCUACCUGUCCUUCUCAGCGACAGGAGGCCCUCACGGCGACAUCGUGCAGUUAACGUUCGAGAAGUUCAGCGUGGGCAAGUACACCGCCAGUGUCACCAGGACGGGGCGGUCACAGCAGGUGCUGUGUGAGGGAAGCUACGUGAGCAUCGAGGAAGCGUCAGGCCGAGGGGGCGGCAAGCGGGGGGCGGCGGGGGGGCGCUGGUGCGGGGAGGGGGAGGGCACAAAUAUUUUCUACAGCGAGGGAAGUUCGGUGACUGUGAAGAUAAUUACCGCGCGUAAGGAUCAGACUCCCACCGUGCACAUAAGGUAUCGGUUCCUGUCCCGAUCUGCUGCAGUGGUUCGCUUUGGCACGACAGACGAACCAAAAUUUCGGGGCGAGUCAGUAUCCAACACUGAGUGCAGCAAAGUUUUCCGAGGGUGUCGAACCAAAGCGUGUGUUCUUCAGUCCCCAAAUUUCCCAGGAUUUUACAUGAGAAAUCUUACGUGUUAUUAUCUAGUCAAAGCACUACCGGCUCCCUCGGCGCAGUAUAAGCCUGUAAUAUCUUUAAAUCAACCAAACAAUCGACUCAUCCACGUUGGUGACAACUCCAUAGUCAGCAGAAUUUCUCCAGAGGUGUUGAUGCAAAGGGACUGUCCUGGAGAUCACAUAAGCAUCUAUGAUGGAGGGGAAAUGAAAACCCCUCUUUUAGUAAAAUUUUGCGGCUCUACGUCUCUUCCCAAUAUCACCUCAAGUGGUCCAGAAAUGCUCGUAGUUUUUCAUUCCUCUGCAUCUGGACGCAUGAAUCAUCCCCCUAAUAUGGUUGUGGGUUUCGAGCUUCUGGCGCGGGAACUCUACAAGAGUGAAGACUCAGGAUCUGACUGUUCGGUGCACAUCACCAGUUUUAAUGAGCAACAAGGAGUGAUAAAAAAUCCGUCUUACGCUAUGCCUAGUAAUUCAUCUUGUGUGUACCAGUUCACUGGUAAGAAGAAUGAAAUUAUUUGGCUGUACUUCAGUAAAUACUAUCGGCAAAGAAAAUUUGACGCGAGCUUCAACAAUCAAGAUUGUAAAAACGGGUUAAUUAUUAAAGAAUUUUCCAAUGGAAUGGAAAAUUAUGCAACAGAAAAUAAAGUUGCGAUGGGGAGAUUUUGUGAUGAAAUAAAUCCACCCGUUUGCAUUAGAUCAAAACACAAAAACCGCAUAUCUCUGCCAUGUUCUGAAAAGGAAAGUUUUCUGUCAUCGACAUCGAACGUAAGUGUCACACAGCGAUUCACAGACGGGACAAGUCUCUUUCCAUUGGAGUACAUCCUGCAUUACGAAUUCAUUACCGUGGAUGACUUAGAUAAGAUGAACGGCAGAAGUUCGUGCACGGAAAGUUAUUCGUCAGCAUCCUCGAAGAAAGGAACCAUUUCUUCUCCCAAAAGCGUUUUCAUGUUCGGCAGAGGGGGUACUCCUACAUUAAACUGCUCACACACAUUUAGUAUACGAGAAAACGAAAUUUUAAACAUAAAGAUUUCUCAGUUACAUUUCAAAAACACACUUUGUAAGUCACCUUAUGAUUAUCAUUAUGACUCUUACCGUUGUCUCAAAUCUUAUCCCAAUUCAGCGACUUUGAGAGUAGUCGAAGAAGCUAGGGAAAAUUUGCUCAUUGAAGUCGGUUGCCUCUGUGAUAACAAAACCGUUCCAGUGUACUUCACGUCUCAUGCCAAAGCUCUCACACUAAUAUUUACUAUUAAGAAUAUGUCAUACAGUCAAGAUCACACAGAUUUUGCCUUUGAAGCCGAGUACGAAUAUGAAACAGCAAAUGUUUGUCAAGACAAUCGCAUCGUCACAGGUAACUGGGGUGUUCUGUCACUCGGUAAUUCUUCUUCUUCUAAUCUCUGCGAUUCGCUUCCGUGGAGCAUAAAUGGCAGCACAAAUUAUUACAUCCACCUGAGUGUUCCUGGCAGUCAUCCAUCAAGUUCAUCUUGCACCACCAACAACCGAAUUAUAAUUUUUUACGAAGGACACCCAAUGAAGUCUAUAUGUCCGAGCUCCAACACGGAAGAAAACAGAAUUUCAGUUUUCUCAGCCGGCUGGCACGAGAGAGGACCUUGGCAUGAACUACAACAAAUAUUCUUCCGAUAUAUAGGAAGAGAACCAGGAACAUAUUCCCUUUUGUGGCUAGAAAUAACUAGAGACCCUCAACCUCCGGCUCUUGAAUCAGUAGCCAUCGGUGGAGGUCAUAGAAUGACUGGCUCAGGUUCUUGUCCGUCCGAAUGUCCCGAAAUUUCGGCAUGCAUCAACGCUAGCUUAUUUUGCGAUGGAAUUGCCCAGUGUCCAUCCGGAGCCGACGAAGUUUCAUGCCAUCAGUCAAGCGUAGCAUGGCUACACACCUUGGUUCUAUUGGGCAGCGGGACGGCCGUAAGUGUAAUUGCGGUCACGGUUCUUGGCAUAACAGCCACUCAUGUCAUAAGGCAAGGAAAAUUGAAGAAGCGGAAGAAGAAGCAAGCACAACAGCUCAUGAGUCCUGAAGUGUUGCUUCCUUUAUCCAGCAAAAAUGAUUCAUAUUUCUCUUCCUGACUAUGUUAAACGUACGCCUCAAUUUUCCGCUUACAGCCGAUCCUUUAAGUAACGCUCAUUCACAUUUAAUGUAAGUGAACAAUCAAUAGGCUAGAGAGAUAUUGUGUUGCUUGUGCUGGCUUGUAAACAGUAUAUUUUAAAGGCAAAUGAUAUAGAAUAUUUAGUAAAUAGAUAUUUUAUACUGUAUAAUGCCCAAAUAUUUGGAUGACGACGUCUCUUUUAAAGUUGACUCGUCAUUGGUGGCCCAAAUACUUAACGCUAAGUACUCGUAUUUUAAGCUGUCGCGCCUAACGCGGCCAAACACUUGCAUGAGAACGAUAGCUGUGAGAGUGUAGAAUAGUUACUAAAUCUUUUAACUACAACUAAACGUUCGAAUUUAUUGUGUUUCUGUUGCAAAAUAAACUUUUAUACCUAAAAAUAGAAAAUUUUAUAUUGUAGUGACUUUAGCUCGGCAAAAAUAUUAGAGCACUGCGGAAAAAAUCCAAACCAACAAUUUGACCAACCUUUUUUCACGCGUUAACAUCAGGAAAGCAGUUGAACCUGGUCGUCACUACCUAUUUCUGUAAUUAAACCUUAAGUGACAGGAAAUUUGUUUACUGAUUUUUUAUUUAUUAAAUAUAAAGUACAUUGAUCCCAUUAGGUACUGAAUUUUUCCGCGAAAAUAUUUUUAAAGGACUCGAGGUCUAAUCUUUCAAUCUCAAUAGGCCCCCGCUCUUAAUAAGAAAUCCCUAUCGACGGGAAUUUAUAUUGUUAACUUACACAAUAAUCAUGUUGGCGACGUCCUUGCACAAAUAAAAUGCAUUUAGCGUGAGAGUUAGGCCUCUUUGAACGAUUUAAUAAAUAAAAUACUGCGCCUAGGAGCUUUAAAGUUGAUAAUCACAGGAAAUAACCAAUAUUUAGAAUCAUGUACCUGAAUUUUAUCAAGUUCAUUUUUCUGUCAAUUAUUCGUAACGGUUCAACUCCGAUUUGAGUCCAGCUAUUCUUCUCUGUAUGUCGAUAAGCUUACGUUUCAUAUGAGCACAAGUUAACAUUUUUCAAAUUGAUAUAUAUCUAAAUUUAUUAACUGUAGGUUGGAAUACAUAUUCGGCAAAUUUUUUAGGCUUCGCACACUUCACAAAGAUAAUUACGUCUGUCUCGCAGUUGUAGUGUUAAUUCGAUCACUCGUGAAAAACAGACGCAAUAUUUUUGCUUUUUUGGGGAGGGGGAUUGCUAGAAACGCAUUUAUUGGCGUAUGGGGGAUUGUUAAAAGUAAAAUUUUAUGGUGUUAUUUAGAAUUUUAGAGCAAUGUGGAAUAAAAUUUAUCGGUAGCUUGCCAAUAAUGCUUUGUGUAAAAACGUCAUGAAAUCCAUUAAAAGCAUAAGAUUCUAGUUUCUGGUUAUGAUUAACAGCUUUGUCUGUUGACGCAUCUGGCGCGUAAUGUCGCUAGAUGAGGAAAACAUUUCAGUGUUAAAAUACGAAUGUUCAUCUCUAAUUUAAAAGAUGUUUUAUUUUAAGUGCUCUUGGCAGUUAGGAUAAAAUAGAACAUUAUUUAAUAUAUACACUCAUUAACCAAUUGUUCAGCUUAUCAUGUUUCUAUAACCAUAGCGAAAUGCCCAGAAUAAUUAAGUCGCCUUCAUGCGUUUAUACCAAAUUGCCACCAACCAAACGCUACAAGGCUAAAUAGAUACGGAAGUCGUACGGUGAACUUGCCGCCACUUCUUCAGCCUAAUUCAUACGGUAGUCAUACGGUGACAUUGUCGCUACUUGAUCGGCCAAAUUCAUGCGGUACUUGUGCAUGCAACAUGCCAAUAUUCCUGUGCAUUGUAUGAACACUUCAAUAUCCAUGAGGCGGAACCUGUGUUUUUUUUAAUUUGAUUUCACUUGCCAAACGAGAAAAGAAGAUUACACAAGUUGCUUUCACAUCGUCACCGUACAGUGUUGAGGUCAAUAACACCUGAUAGAACACGCGCCGUGCGCUACACGUUUGGCCGAGAGUCAACUUCAUUCCUGGCAGACAGCCGGCCCACGUGAGCGACCCGUGAGCAGAAUAUUUGACAGAAUAUGCAACAGACUUAUUCUGCUCACCCUCGUCUGCCUGACACGGGAGGGCCGUAACAAGGGUGCCACGGGAGGAUCGUAACAUGGAUGCCACGGGAGGGCCGUUACAAGGAUGCCACGGGAGGGCCGUUACAAGGAUGCCACGGGAGGGCCCUAACAAGGAUGCCACGGGAGGGCCGUAACAUGGAUGCCACGGGAGGGCCGUAACAAGGAUGCCACGGGAGGGCCGUAACAAGGAUGCCACGGGAGGGCCGUAACAAGGAUGCCACGGGAGGGCCGUAACAAGGAGGAAUUUCGCGACAUGAAAUUUCUUUACCAUAAUGAGAUAAAACAUGCUAAUUUCUGUACUUCGACACGACAGCAAACAUCAAUUAACCAAAACGCACAAGUUUCCGUUAUAUAUUAUCACUUAUUUUUAUAUAACAAUUGAUUAUGUAUCCGCAACGAGUUGAAAUCAAAUAUAAGACCUUGCCCAAGCUGCGCUUGCUUUGGCUGCCGGUUCUGAAACGCUUCCCUGGCAUGUGUUAGGCAGUUGUUAUGUAACAUCAAGUUAGUUGAUUUUAUUUGCUUGCUAAAAGUUGUCUUUGUAAAGUAUUAGAGCGAGUAUUUUUGUAUGCAGUUUUAUAAUCGUAGUAGUUUUUCUUUCUAAGUAAAACUGAUGAGUU